UUGUGUUUUGAAAUUCAAGAUCGUCCAUUCAGUGUUGUGUAUUAAAAUCCGUCGGCUAACAGUUCGACAGUCUUAUCUAGUCAGCGGUAUURUCMAUUCAAACAAAAUGGCGGCAAGUCAUGAUGGAAUAAUUCGAGUUGGUUGCUUUGGAUGCAGGCAAAUAGCUUGCACUUCAGACUUCAUCGCGUGUCCACUCUUAAAAACAGCUGUUGGAGUUUGGUGGAUAAAAGACUUAUCGAUCCAACCGCUGCAGCUUUCUGGCCACACAAAGAUUGUGACUUGUGUGUGUUUUGGUAAUAAGGAACAAAAACAGUUGCUUUGCUCUGCCUCAGAGGAUCGUAUCCAUAUAUGGAAUGUUACCAAGGGAUUCAAAAWUUACAUGUCUGGUUGCCAUGAUCAAGUGACACCUUUAUGCAUUGGAAAAGAACUUGGGUGUGUGCAGCAUGUCAGUUUUAAUUCUUCUGAUKUAUUGAUUUCUCUUUGUAUUGAGAAAGAUGUAUGGAUAUUGAAUAUUARGACAUGUAAGCUUGACUCAAUGCUAGAGGGACACUUAAGUCAGGUGUCGCAAGCUGAGUUUUGUCCAUGGAAYGAGUUUAGGAUUGUUUCAAUUGGAGAAGACAGAACUUUCAAGGUUUGGGACAUACAGAAGUCUUGCUUGCUGUACCAGUCAUCGGUCAUAUCAGGUUUUCCAUUCGUAUGUCUUGCUUAUGAUGAAAUACAGAAUUGCAUAGCAAUAGGGGCAACAGAUGGAAAGGUGAGGAUCUAUGAUCUUAAGGAGGAAAAUAAUUUCCGHUGUCUGCACGAAAUGGAUAUCAACCAAAAACUUGCAAAACUGAUGUAUUCUACACAAGUAGAUGCGCUUUCUGUAUCAAAAGGGCCUGCAGUUAUCAGUAGUCUUCCAAAAUGGCAGAAAGAUCAACAUGAACCUGAGCUCUUAGAAUCAUGCAUUGAAGGUGACAUUGCUGAAGCAGGAACCAGCAUUGUUGGUUUAUUUUUCAUGAAAAUUACUGGAAAAACAGAAGACAAUCCUGGCCUCUCAAAUCUACCAUUUUUGAACACCUCACAAGUCAAUGAUAUUUUCCAUGUUCCAUCAUUACUUAUGAUUGGAAUGACUGCAUCUAUUGUCAUGGUGAACUGCAAUACAUGGGAMAUUCUACAUGUCAUUGACUUUAAAGAUCCAAUUCUUUCAAGACAUGAGCUCGAUACUGUUCAGUAUACAUUGCCAAUGGCAGGAUUGUUUGCCUUUGUACAACAACAACAACAAAACUCARUGAAAGGAAUUGUGGGUAGCUUGUUUCACAACGCUAUACACGUUAUCAACAUAGAGAUUCCAACCGCUCUUGAUGAUGACGAAGAUGCAGUCAAUGCUCUUUGUAGUCGUUUAUCUCAAUCUGUUGCUGUCAACACUCACAAUGUUUGUGCAACAAAUACGGAGGAAGACAAGCGUUCACCAGGCUGUGCUGAGGCUUCCCAUUCUGUGAUAACUGUAUUAUCAAACACACCAUUAUGUGCUAAUUCUCCACUAAAAUCAGAACUUGUUCCAAAAUCAAGGCCAGCUCCUUCAAAGAAAACAUCAAAACAAGCAAAUGUCAAAGGAAAGUUGCAAGAUCAACCAUUGACAUUCAAGGCUAAAGUCCAAUCAUCAGGAUAUUCAGAUUCACCCAGAUCAAAAAUGUUUUCGCCCAAAACAAAUGCCAUCAAGAAGACCUCAGUCUCAUUAAAAACAAGCAGUUCAAGCAAUAAAACUGGUGUUGUUACAAAGGAAUACCCAAUGGAUAGUAGCCCACCAACAAUGAUGAGGGAGAMAAUUGCACUCACAAGCCAACCAACAGUUGUCAAUUCCAUUAGAUACAGUAAUAAUGGAAAACACAUUGCAUGUGCAUUGGCCAAUAAGAGUGUUCAUAUAAUUCGUUUGCCCAUUUCAAGUACUGCCAAAGAAACUGUUUUGACAGGGCAUGACGGCUCAGUGACUAGUGUACAAUUUAACCAUAAUGAUAAAUGGCUGCUCUCCUCGUCUGCUGAUCGAACAGUUAAUUUAUGGAGUCCCACCUCAUCAGAUCCUAUACUUAUCUUCAAUACUGUUAAUAGUAACUUCACAGACUCUGGUGUUAAAGGAAAAGAAAAGGAAAAUCCUCCUUUCUCCAGAGAGAUCACUCAGUCGUCAUUUUACUAUAUGGACAAGUUUGUGUUGAUCAGCAGUGGUAAUGGACUGCAUAUGUACAAAUAUCACAUUGACUCACAUAAAGAUGACAUCAAAAGGUAUCAGACCAACAGUAAAUACAAACUGGUAAAAAUACUGAAUCAAGAACGAGCUCAAAGUAUUACCUGUUUCUCGUGCGUCAACAGUUUUCAUUCUUACAUAGUAUUGUGCUGUGGAUCUAAUAAAUCUAUUGAACUGUUUGAUAUGAAUGUUGGACGCAGUGUACGCGUUCUAAUGGAUGCGCAUACUAGACCAGUUCACUCAAUUUUUCAAAACCAGGGAUCUUCCUACACUUCGCAUUCGUCUGAGGCUUACGACUUGUUCUUGACGGCCGCAGUGACUGACGGAAUCAAGCUUUGGGACAUCAGAACAAACAGGUGUGUACGGCGAUAUGAAGGUCACGUGAAUAGGUCGCAUCAAACAGGGAUMUCCAUCAGUCCAUGUUCGCGGUAUAUAGCUACAGGAUCCGAGGACAGAUCAGUGUACAUCUUCGAUGUUCGUGGUUCGUCAUUCUGUCACCGUCUGACAGGCCAUACUGAUGUUGUAUCGGAUGUUGCUUUUCAUCCAGCGAGACCUGAGCUUGCAGCAGCUUCAUUGGAUGGCAAAAUGAGAUUCUACACUGAAGAGAUUCGUUAGGCGUGCAACCAACGGAUGGUAAGGCGCUGGGUCUUGAAAAUUAUGCCUGGAGGAAUUUCUAUCUAUCCGUCCUAGAAAAUGUGCUAAUUUCCAGUGGAUCAACCCACCAAUCCCUGUGGAUUUUUAAGGUAGCUAUGAGCUUAGAGCCACAUCAAUAUAUAUUUGGAAAUAUGAACAACGUUUUCUUUUCAAAAGCUGACCAGAUGGCUUUCUGUAAGCAUAGCUAAAGGGCGUUGAUUGGUAUUGUCACCUCAAUGAAAAAAUAAUUAUCAAACUUCUUUGAAGCAUUUUAUUCAAUCCCUUUAU